AUGUUGAAAUAUGAAAAAGCUUUACAAGAAGCCAAAGAAAAACAUCGAAGAGCCGAAGAAGAUAAGAAGAACAAACUCCAACAAGAUAAGUUUACAGAAAGAGAUAAGAAGGUUAAUCAGGUCAGUGAAGCAAAUGCAGAAAAGAGAAGGCAGAGUAUGAGAGCAAGGCACUUAAGGACGUUAAUGGAGGACGACACAACUUUUUAUCCAUCAGAUCUUUUCCAAGUUACACCCAUUUUGGCUGUCCCGGAAAAGUUAGGCCCUCCCUCAGGAAGUGAUGAUACCAUUGACAUACUAGUAAAGCAGAACCAUGAGAAGUACGGCCAGGACAGCCUCAGCACCAGUGGAGACUCGGAGAUGUCACUGCUGCAUUUUAUUCGUGAUCCUGAAACGAAGAGACAUGCCCCUUCUGACCGUAAAUCUUCCUCUUUGAAGGCAACAGGGGAUCCAAAGGACGACACAAAGAAUCAAGUAGAGGUUAAGUUUAAGGCAAAAGAGCAGGUCGAACCCAGAGGUCUUGCAAUUGAGAAAGCCAGUGAACAAAGUUUGGUAAAAGACAAUAAUGUUACUAUUGCAGACACACCACUGAUUGGUGAUCUGGAGCAAGAGCAUGAUGACCAAAAUUUGUCAGGUCAUAAAAGCCCGUUGAACCAGAGUGUAGAAAUGGUGGCGGAGGCUGGAGAGGACGAUGACUGCCACACUGAAAACAGCUUGGAAACAAGAAAUGAUCGAGUAGCAGAGAACACUACAGGGAUGGAAAGCACACAUGAAGGCGGGUAUAGCAAUGUACCUGUGUUGGAUGAGGCCAGUGCCACAGCUCAGUCUACUGAUGCCCACGAAGACAAUUCAAGCAGUUCAAGUGACUCAGACUCGGAUUCAGACUCAGACAGUAGUGAUUGCCAAUGCAGCAAAUGUGGUAACAGUAGUAGCAGUAGCAGCAGCAGCAGUAGUAGCAGUUCAAGUUCUUCAGAUUCUGAUAGUGACUCAGAUGCAGUCAUUGAAGAAACCCACAAGAGGCAACAAAUACAAGUGACCAGUAAGACCCCACGCAAGAUGCUAAAGACACCACACAAAUCUCCUGGAAAGGUUCCCAAAACUCCAGGAAAAACGCCGUGUAAGAAACUUGGAAAGACACCCAAAAAGUCACCUAGUAGCAAAUUUAAAGAGCCAGGUGUUCAGAUUUAUCCGGAUCUCCACAGCAUGUUGGAGAAGAAUGGCGUGACUUCAGCCGAUGAUAAAAAACAGAAUGCGGCUUGUAAUUCACAGGCACCAGGUACAAAACACAAUGCCAACAAAGGCCAUGUGAUAUCACCGCCACAGAUACAGAUGCUGAUUUGUUCCCACGACGAUCUGAAAUCCCAGGCCAGGAAGCGAGAGGAAUCAGGUAGUGAAUCCCAGUCUCGGAAUUCAAUUGGCAACGGAGCCCCAGCUGCACCUUCAAGUAGUGCAUCAUCGUCCACUAUCCAGAAAGUUUUCGUACGACGUCGGGCGAGGAGACCUGCCAAUUUCUCACCAACCAAAUCUGCAGCAAUGAGUUUAUCGUGCGUGAGCGGGAAUAGUGCCAUCUCUCUCGUGCACAGUGACCAACAGCCGUCAGGAGAAACAUCAAAUUCUGAUCCCAAAAGCAUCCAGGAUGAGAGCGUAUUCAAAGAAGGAAAUCUUGCCACAUCAGACGGUAAUGGAGAGGAAAUAAUCUCACGGAAGAGAACCAGAACUUCCAUCAGUGAGAAAACCACGGCCAGUAAGCGUUCCAGAAUGUUAUCUCCAGAAUCUAGGAAGGAAAUAACUGUCAGCAGAGAAAAUGUGGAAAGAAAAACAAGUGAGAAUGAUGCUGCAUGUCUGCGGAAAGUCCAGCUAAAGCCAGCGAAACGGGUACAUCAACGAAAGCCACCGGAGCUCCGAAGAAUCCAACUUCGUGCCAGAAGAAACGACCGACGGACCAAUAGCAAGAUCAUCGUCCCCGUCAAAAUACGACGAGUGAAAAGACAGCUCAACCUCGGACUCUCUAGCUCCGUUUCGAGCGUCGUCUCCUCCGUGCCCGAAAGAAAGUCGCCCUCGAAGUCCACUGCGGCCUCGACGUCUGCCUCUACUCCGCCUCCAGCUAAGGACAGGAGCAAGUCCGUCGAAAACUCCCCGACAAGCCUUAGAAGAAGUCCGAGAAAGAAGCUGGUGCCUACGUAG